GCAGUCAAUUCCCCCACCCUCCCGGGAGGAGCCGCCAGCUCUGGGCUCUCCAAAUUCUGAGCUCUCAUCAUGGCGGCGGCGGCAGCCGCGGCGGCCGGCGGGGGGCCGCAGCCGCCCCAACCUGAGGUGCCCGCGCCCGGCCUGGCCCUGGACAAGGCGGCCACGGCCGCGCACCUGAAGGAGGCCCUUAGCCGGCCGGACAACCGGGCAGGUGCUGAGGAGCUGCAGGCGUUGCUGGAGCGGGUGCUGAGCGCUGAGCGGCCGCUGGCUGCGGCUGCGGACAGCGAGGAGGCGGCGGCGGCCGGCAGCGGAGGCGGUCCGGGGGCGGCAGAGGAGGAGGCCCUGGAGUGGUGUAAGUGCCUUCUGGCUGGCGGCGGCGGCUACGAUGAGUUCUGCGCGGCGGUGCGGGCCUAUGACCCCGCGGCGCUCUGCGGCCUGGUCUGGACAGCCAACUUCGUGGCCUACCGCUGCCGGACGUGCGGCAUCUCCCCCUGCAUGUCGCUGUGCGCGGAGUGCUUCCACCAGGGCGAUCACACCGGACACGACUUCAAUAUGUUCCGCAGCCAGGCCGGGGGCGCCUGUGACUGCGGGGACAGCAACGUGAUGCGGGAAACAGCUGAUGUACCAUCAGAAAAAGACCUUAACAAAGUCCUUCAGCUUUUGGAGCCUCAAAUUUCCUUUUUAGAAGAUCUAACUAAAAUGGGAGGAGCAAUGCGGUCUGUCCUUACUCAAAUUUUGACAAACCAACAAAACUACAAAGAUCUGACUUCCGGUCUUGGAGAAAAUGCUUGUGCGAAGAAAAGUCACGAAAAGUACCUUAUUGCUUUGAAGAGCUCUGGACUUACAUAUCCUGAGGAUAAACUUGUAUAUGGUAUACAGGAGCCAUCUGCUGGCACUAGCACUCUGGCACCUCAAGGUUUUGCUGGUGCAACAGGGACAUUGGGACAGCUAGAUUCUUCAGAUGAGGAGGAUCAGGAUGGGAGUCAAGGUCUGGGCAAGAGAAAGAGAGUCAAACUAAGCAGUAGCACCAAAGAUCAAUCCAUAAUGGAUGUUUUGAAACAUAAAAGUUUCCUAGAAGAACUAUUGUUUUGGACUAUAAAGUAUGAAUUUCCUCAGAAGAUGGUAACUUUCUUACUCAACAUGCUUCCAGAUCAAGAGUAUAAGGUUGCUUUUACAAAAACUUUUGUUCAGCAUUAUGCUUUCAUUAUGAAAACACUGAAGAAAAGUCAUGAAUCAGACACAAUGUCUAACAGAAUUGUGCAUAUUAGUGUUCAGUUGUUCAGCAAUGAGGAGCUGGCCAGACAGGUAACAGAAGAAUGUCAGCUGCUGGAUAUUAUGGUCACUGUGCUAUUAUACAUGAUGGAAAGUUGCCUUAUUAAAAGUGAGCUACAAGAUGAAGAAAAUAGUUUACAUGUGGUAGUGAACUGUGGAGAAGCAUUACUGAAGAAUAACACUUAUUGGCCUCUUGUCAGUGAUUUUAUUAAUAUCCUUUCUCAUCAAAGUGUGGCUAAGAGAUUUUUGGAGGACCAUGGUUUGUUAGUUACAUGGAUGAACUUUGUAUCUUUCUUUCAAGGUAUGAACUUAAACAAGCGAGAACUAAAUGAGCAUGUGGAAUUUGAGUCUCAGACCUACUAUGCUGCCUUUGCUGCUGAACUUGAGGCCUGUGCACAGCCAAUGUGGGGGCUCUUAUCACAUUGUAAAGUUAGGGAAACUCAAGAAUAUACAAGAAAUGUUGUUAGAUACUGCAUUGAAGCUCUUCAAGAUUGGUUUGAUGCUAUUAACUUCGUAGAUGAGCCAGCACCUAACCAAGUCACUUUUCAUUUGCCACUACAUCGUUACUAUGCUAUGUUUUUGAGUAAGGCUGUGAAAUGUCAAGAACUAGAUUUGGAUUCUGUUUUACCGGAUCAGGAAAUGUUAAUGAAACUAAUGAUUCACCCACUCCAAAUUCAAGCAAGUCUUGCUGAAAUCCACAGCAAUAUGUGGGUAAGAAAUGGUCUGCAGAUCAAAGGACAAGCCAUGACCUAUGUUCAGUCUCAUUUCUGUAAUUCCAUGAUUGAUCCUGACAUUUACCUCUUACAGGUUUGUGCUUCUAGACUUGACCCAGAUUAUUUUAUUUCUUCUGUCUUUGAAAGAUUUAAGGUAGUGGAUUUGUUGACAAUGGCUUCGCAACAUCAAAACAUAGUACUUGAUGCAGAGCAUGAGAGAUCGAUGUUAGAAGGCGCUCUUACAUUUCUUGUGAUUCUUUUGAGUCUGCGUUUACAUUUAGGCAUGUCUGAUGAUGAGAUUCUUAGGGCAGAGAUGGUAGCCCAGCUGUGUAUGAAUGACAGAACACAUAGUUCAUUGCUGGACCUCAUUCCAGAAAAUCCAAAUCCCAAAAGUGGCAUUAUUCCAGGCAGUUAUAGCUUUGAAUCAGUUUUAUCAGCUGUAGCUGAUUUUAAGGCUCCUGUGUUUGAACCUGGAGGUUCUAUGCAACAAGGCAUGUAUACUCCUAAAGCUGAAGUCUGGGAUCAGGAGUUUGACCCCGUCAUGGUCAUUCUUCGCACAGUUUACCGUAGAGACGUGCAGUCUGCAAUGGACAGAUAUACAGCAUUUUUAAAACAGAGUGGAAAAUUCCCUGGAAAUCCCUGGCCUCCCUAUAAGAAAAGGACGCCACUCCAUCCCAGCUAUAAAGGUCUCAUGAGACUUUUGCACUGUAAAACUUUACACAUUGUGCUAUUCACGCUGCUUUACAAGAUAUUGAUGGAUCAUCAAAAUCUGUCAGAACAUGUACUCUGCAUGGUUUUAUAUCUGAUUGAAUUAGGACUUGAAAAUUCAGCUGAUGAGGAAUCAGAUGAAGAGGCAUCAGUGUGUGGACCAGAACGUUGUCAUGACAGUUGGUUUCCUGGCAGUAAUUUAGUAUCCAACAUGAGACACUUUAUAAACUACGUUAGAGUGAGAGUUCCAGAGACUGCUCCUGAAGUAAAGAGAGAUUCAUCUGCAAGUACCAGCUCUGAUAGCUUGGGUUCUUUACAUAAUUCUGGUACCGCUCAAGUUUUCAGCUUAGUAGCAGAGCGUAGAAAGAAGUUUCAGGAGAUCAUCAAUCGCAGUAACAGUGAAGCAAAUCAGGUGGUUCGUCCCAAAACUUCAAGUAAAUGGUCUGUUCCUGGUUCAGCUCUACAGUUAACUACAGCCAUUCUGGAAAUUAAAGAAAGCAUAUUGUCUUUGCUAAUUAAACUUCACCACAAACUCUCAGGAAAACAAAACUCCUACUAUCCUCCUUGGCUUGAUGACAUAGAAAUUUUAAUCCAACCAGAAAUUCCUAAAUAUAGUCAUGGAGAUGGUAUAACUGCGGUAGAAAGAAUUUUACUAAAAGCUGCAUUGCAAAGCAGAAUGAACAAACGCAUCAUUGAAGAGAUAUGUAGAAAAGUGACCCCUCCUGUCCCACCCAAAAAAAUCACUGCAGCAGAGAAGAAAACAUUGGACAAGGAAGAAAGGCGACAAAAGGCUAGAGAGAGGCAGCAGAAAUUGCUUGCAGAGUUUGCUUCACGACAGAAAAGCUUCAUGGAAACCGCAAUGGAUGUUGAUUCUCCUGAGAAUGAUAUUCCUAUGGAGAUUGCUACAGCAGAGCCACAAGUUUCUGAGGCGGUAUAUGAUUGUGUUAUUUGUGGACAGAGUGGCCCCUCCUCUGAAGACCGACCUACAGGAUUGGUUGUACUGUUACAAGCAUCCUCAGGGCUCAUAAUGAUCUUGCAUUUCUUUAGAUCACUUUUACACAUAAUAAAGAGCUCUUGUCUCUUGGCAGUAUCAAUUGGCUGGGAAGGAGGUGUUUAUGUACAAACCUGUGGCCACACAUUACAUAUAGAUUGUCAUAAAUCUUACAUGGAAUCAUUACGGAAUGACCAGGUUCUUCAGGGAUUCUCAGUGGACAAAGGAGAAUUCACGUGUCCUCUCUGCAGGCAGUUUGCAAACAGUGUUCUUCCAUGUUAUCCUGGAAGCAAUGUGGAAAAUAAUCUUUGGCAACGUCCUAGUAACAAAAGCGUACAAGAUCUCGUGAAGGAAGUGGAGGAGCUGCAGGGACGGCCGGGAGCUUUCCCAUCAGAAACCAACUUAAGUAAAGAAAUGGAAUCUGUAAUGAAAGAUAUCAAAAAUACUACUCAGAAGAAAUAUAGAGACUAUAGCAAGACCCCAGGUUCACCAGACAAUGAUUUUCUCUUUAUGUAUUCUGUUGCUAGUGUUAUCAAUGGAACCAGGUUACUGGAAAAACUGGAAAUUUGGGAAACUUACUUGUCUCAAAAUUGGGAUAACAGUAUUACCUACCUGGAAACAUUUCCUUACGAAGCUGGAAAUUUUGUCGGAGUUUUGUUCUGGAAGAACUUUGUAAACUUUCUAAUUACCUUUUCUUCAAUUUAUUUAGAUCAGCUGUUCCUUGUAUUAGCCUUGCACAUGCGGCUUUACAGCAUUGAUUCUGAAUAUAAUCCCUGGAGCAGGCUUACGCAGUUAGUAGAAGAGAUGAAUUCACAGCUGGGAAGUGAAGAACAGCCUGAGGUUCCAAUUCUUUAUCAUGAUGUCACAUCCCUUCUGCUCAUCCAGAUCUUAAUGAUGCCACAACCUCUACGCAAAGACCACUUCACCUGCAUAGUGAAGGUGCUUUUUACGCUACUCUACACACAAGCUCUUGCCGCACUUUCGGUUAAAUGCAACGAGGAAGACAGGUCAUCCUGGAAACACACAGGUGCUCUCAAAAAGAAUACGUGUGAUGCAGAAAAAUCUUAUGAAGUGUUAUUGAGCCUUGUGAUAAGUGAACUAUCUAAAGGAAAGUUAUACCAUGAAGAAGGAACUCAGGAGGGUGCAAUGGUUAACCCUAUUGCUUGGUCUCCUGAAUCCAUGGAAAAAUACUUGCAGGACUUCUGCUUACCUUUCCUCAGAAUCACCAGCCUUCUUCAGCACCACCUUUUUGGGGAAGAUUUACCUAGCUGCCAGGAAGAAGAAGAAUUUUCAGUUCUUUCCAGCUGCCUGGGACUUCUGCCAACAUUUUACCAAACAGAACAUCCAUUCAUCAGUGCCUCCUGCCUGGAUUGGCCGGUUCCAGCAUUUGAUAUUAUAUCUCAGUGGUGUUCUGAGAUAAAUUCAUUUACUGAAAGACACGCAGAACAAGGAAAGGCCUUGCUUAUUCAAGAAUCAAGAUGGAAAUUACCACACCUACUACAGUUGCCUGAGAAUUACAACACCAUUUUUCAGUACUACCACAGAAAAACUUGUAGUGUCUGCACCAAGGUUCCUAAAGAUCCGGCCGUUUGCCUUGUUUGUGGUACUUUUGUAUGCCUGAAAGGACUUUGCUGCAAGCAACAAAGCUACUGUGAAUGUGUGCUGCAUUCUCAGAACUGUGGAGCUGGAACAGGGAUUUUUCUUUUGAUCAAUGCAUCGGUGAUUAUCAUCAUUCGAGGCCACCGGUUCUGCCUCUGGGGUUCUGUGUAUUUGGACGCUCAUGGAGAGGAAGACCGGGAUCUUAGGCGAGGCAAGCCUCUCUACAUUUGUAAGGAAAGAUACAAAGUUCUUGAACAACAGUGGAUUUCUCAUACUUUUGAUCACAUCAAUAAAAGAUGGGGUCCACAUUACAAUGGGCUGUGACUCACCAACUCAGCAUUGCAUUAUAUCAUCGUUUUCAUUAAGAAUUUAUCAACAAUAAGCUUUAAAUUAAUUUGGGGGAAUAACGCUUUUGCUGAGGGAAAAAAAGAAAACAUAUGUUGUAAAGCCUUUCCAAAAUUAGGUGCUUGGUAAUCACAUUAAUGGUAUAAUAAUUUUUUUUUAAAUAUCUGGAGAACAUAACAAGUAACAAAUUGUAUCAUUCUUUAGUGAUAUUUAAAAAAAAAUCUACAAUUAAUAAGCACAACUUGACAAAAUUAUUUAAAACUGAUUCUCCCAGCAAUGCAUAUCAGUUAUUCAUUGAUACUUAGAGUGGGUGUGAUUUAUUUAAAGUUUUACUGCUUCUCUAUAUCUCUGUGUUUUAAUUUGCAUCUGCUAAACAUAAUGCAUCUCUUCCCUCUGCCAUCCUUGUGUUGAUUUGAGAUUUUUGCUGUAUGUAAUUAGAAAAAAAUGUAAAACAUGAUUUAUGUGAAAUAUUGUAUAGUAAAAGUUGGUCUAAUAGUAGAACUUUAAAAUUUUUUCUUAUUGUGAGGAAUCUGUUAAAAGUUUAAGGCUUUGCUGAAAACUUAAUUCAUUCUCAGGAAUUUCAUAAAUAUUCUCCCCAGGUAAAUAAUUGAAAUAGUUGUAAAAUAAGUAGAUAGCUGCUGUUAAUAUAAUACAGUACAUUUUGGGAGACGUGUGGUUGCAGGGGAGCCCUUAAAAAUCAAAGUUUGCCAUUUCAGUUGGAUAAAUUACUAGAAAUAGUAACAAAUAGAUUUUACUAUAAAAUCACAAGUUUUAAGAGCAUACACAUGGCAGAUUUCAAUUCUGCUCAUGCCCACCAUUUAUUACCAAGUUUUUGUUUAAACGACUGGAUUAAAAUUGCUCCGACUUCCCCACAAAUGAAGCAUAAUUUUGGAACUUUCCUAUCAGCUCAAGAGGUUCAGCUAUAUUGUAUUUGUGCAAUGUAAUCACUGCUAUUUCUCCUUGGUUUCCUAAAAGGGGGGGAAAAAAGGCUCAGUGAUGAUGACCCUCAUGAAUGAGCCGUGCAUCUGCAUCCUUCUUAGAAGCUGCUGUGAAAAGCAGUUUAUGUUGGUAUGGUUUUUGAAUCAGCAAGAAUGGGAAUGAUUGAGCUAAAGCCCACUCUGUUAGUAGAGAAGGAAGAUUACAGAAAAGCAUGUUAUAUAGUGCUACUAAGAUUUUUCUUCCAAAUAAUUAAUUUGAUGAUAAUUUCAUACAUAGUGCUAUCAAGCAAUUCCUGGUACUUUGGACAUACAUGGCUUGUAUAAAAUUACAUUUUUACAUGUAAAAAUAAACUAAAAAAAAAUCUAAUGAUGUAAAAAAAAGUCAUAUACAUUCUAAAAAUUAUUGAAUGUCAUGACAUUACAGAAUAUGCAAAUGGAUGUUAAAUGAUGGCCUUGCAUUAAAAUAGAGAGAGCAGAACAGUACAUAUUCAAAUGUGUUGAAAACGUCAAAAAAUUACCUAUAACUCUACAAUAAAAUAUGUGGAAAUAGCUUGCUAUUUUUAUAUACAUUUCCAAAAUAUUAAGAUAACUUUCUGAAAGACUAGAAUGAUUUCUGUUUAACUAAAUAGCUGUCCUUUCCAACACAUUGCUACUUUUUAAAAUAAUGUAUCAUAAGUUCAGCCUGUCAUACUUUUUGCAUCAGUCAUUAUGAAUACCAGACCAUUUGUAAGUGUGGUUGAAGAGCAAAAUGCUAAUUUACAUCUCUCGUAAAUACUGUUUCAGGAUUCAUGAACUUGAAUAAUUCUACAGUUUGAAACUCUUAUGCUAUAUAUACAUGGUAUAAUGUAUUCAGACUUUGAUUACUACAUAUUUAAAAUGGAAUGUUUUAUGGUUGUGCAUAUGGAUGUGAAGUGAAAAUAUUAGCCUUAACAUUAAAAUUUGGGUUUGAUAAUGUUUAUUUUGAUAUUGGUGAAUUAGUCACCAGUAAGUUUUAAAAAAGCACUUGGUUGAAAAUCGUACUUGAAUACAUACAUGCAUGCUGCUAAACUAGAACUUUAAUUUUUUCCCCUAUAACUUUUAUAAGUCCCAUUUAUAAACCCACUUUUAAAAAUAACAGGUCCAAGUUAGAGUGAUGUGUGUAUAUUAUUCAAAAAAAUGUACUGGUGUGCUAUCUUGUAUGAGUGAUCAUUUAAAUACAGUACAUUACUGUAGAAGCUAAAUCAAUCUUUAUAAUUAAGCAGAAAUUAUAAAACUAGGAAUAAUCAACAUUGUAAGAUAUGUUAAUAAAAACCUACUGUCA